AUGACGAUUCCGAAGACUACGAGAAGAUGGGUACUGCCGUCACUCGAUGGCCCGUCAUCUUUGAAGCUUGAAUCUGUCGAUCUUGUUCCUCCUGCACCUAACCAGGCUGUCGUCAAGAUGGCUGCUUGGAGCCUGAAUUAUCGCGAUCUCGCGUUGUCUCAGGGUCUGUAUCCAGUACCAUUGCCGCUGCCUUUUGUUCCACUCUCGGAUGGUGCUGGAGUGGUUGUUGCUAUUGGAGAACGAGUGAGGAGUCUGCGGCCUGGAGAUAAAGUGUUUUCAGUCUUCAAGCCUAUGUGGCGCUCCGGCCGUCUUCAGCGGGAGUUUGAGGUUUCAAACCUUGCAAGCCCCGACGUCCCAGGCAUCCUUUCAGAGUACGUCGUGCUUGAUGAGGAAUAUUGGGCCCCUAUGCCUAGUAACUUGAGCUUCAUCGAAGCCAGUACACUAACCGUUGCCGGGGUCACCGCUUGGAAUGCUCUAUAUGGAUUGCCCGAUCAUCAGCUCCGACCAGGCCAGUGCGUCUUAACUGAGGGCACGGGCGGCGUGAGCAUUUUCAGCCUACAGUUUGCAAAAGCUGGAGGAGCAAAAGUCAUCGCCACUACGUCUUCCGCCAGAAAGGCCGAGGUGCUGUCGAGGCUUGGUGCUGAUCAUGUUAUCAAUUAUAAGGAGGUGAACGAGUGGUCUGACGCUGUCAAGAGUGAAACCCCCGGAAAGAAAGGUGUGGAUCUCGUUGUAGACGUCGUUGGCGGCAAUACUAUGACUCAGGCACUGAAGACUGUUAAGUCGGAUGGUCUGGUGGCAGUUGUGGGCUUCAUCGCUGGCCUCGCAGAGCAACAGCCUACAACAGUUGACAUGUAUUUCAACAUGGCCACGUUCCGUGCUAUCCACUGUGGAAGCCUGGAGCACUUGCUGCAAAUGAAGGAGGCUAUUGAGCAGCAUGAUAUUAAGCCAUAUGUUGAUCGUGUUUUCAAGUUUGAAGACGCACCUGCUGCGUUUACACAUAUCAGCGAGCAAGGCUUUAUUGGAAAGGUCUGUAUCUCGAUAGCAUAA